UAGAUCUUGCUCGAAAGGUGAUCAAUGGCGGCAGAUCGAGGAGGGAGGGCAUCAAUGGCGGAGCGAGUCCACCCUUCCGCCAAGCCCACCGCACAGCCUCCCCAGGCGGCAGCCACCGGUGUUCUGCCGUCUAAGGGCGGCCCGCUCCCGGUCUAUCGACCCCAACCCCGCAAGGCUCCUCCUCCCCCGCGCCGCCGCUGGCGGCGCAGCUGCUGCUGCUCCUGCUGCCUCUGGUUCACCCUCAUUCUCUUCCUCCUCAUCCUCCUCAGCGCCGCUUCCUUCGGCGUCUUCUACUUCAUCUACCGCCCCCAACGCCCCGCCUUCGCUGUCUCCGCCCUCCGCCUCGCCGCCUUCAACGUCUCCGCCGGAGGCCGCCUCUCCUCCCGCCUCGAUCUCAACGUCACGGCCAGAAACCCUAAUCGCAAGCUCGUCUUCCUCUACGACCCCUCCUCCGUCUCCGUCUUCUCCGGUGGGGUCGACGUCGGCGACGGGUCCUUCCCCGCCUUUCGCCAGGGGGCGAAGAACACGACUCUGCUCUCCGCCACGCUGGCCGCUGGCGGCGGCCAGACGCUGGACUCGGCGGCGACGCGGGAUCUGAGGGAGAGAACAAGGCUGUCUCUGGAAAUCGAUGUGGACACGAAAGUGGGGGUUAAGAUCGGGAAUCUGAAGACGAAGAGGAUCGGGGUCAAGGUGCAGUGUUCCGGCAUAGACGUGGCGGUGCCGACGGGGAAGGCAGCGGCGACGGCGUCGUCUUCGAAUGCCGCAUGCAAGGUUAAGCUCCGUAUCAAGAUCUGGAAGUGGACCAUCUCCUAAACCCUAAUCCCUUCGACAAUUAUUACAUACACCAUGAAAUGGGCAGUAGAUUCAAGAAAAAGAUGAGAUUAAAACCCUACCAAAACAAAGAGAAGAUUGGAAUAAAUAUAUUAUUUGUAAAAUUAAGCAGAAGUUGUUUUAAUUUCUCUGAUUUACUUUUCUGUCGAUUGAUUGUGUAUACUGUUGUAAGAUUAUAUGUAAUGCCAUUUAUUGAGAUUUUCUGGUC